UUUCAGCCUAACCAUGCUCAAACUUUUACUACCUCUGCUCAUAUAUCCUGUACCGUUUUUUGCUCAAAAUUUAGUUAUAGACGUAUCUCGAAAUGCAAUUCAAGAAUAUGUAUCUUCAAUGUCAACACAUUUUAAAGAUGAAAUAUUAAAAGCAAAGCUUCCACCAAUGGAUGCAUCUCGUUUCAUUUGUGGAGUAACGUUAAAAGAUACAACCGUCACUGACUUUAAUUUUUCAAAAUUCUCAUCAGAACUCGCGGGCCCGUACAAAGAUUAUUAUCUCAAUAUAACUGAUUUCUCAUUUACAAUAUCUGGCUCCUAUGUUCGUAAUUUUCUCUUCUUCAAGUUCUAUGACACAUUUUCUGUGAAAAUAAAGUUCAAGAACGUGUCUCUUGGUGCUCUUGUUCCAACUUUUGCAAACGGGUAUCCGUUUUUACAUGGAGUCAUCAAUUGUGGUUUUUCACCUGAAACCGUGGAAGAUCCUGUAACAAAUGGAUGGUUCGUAACAUCUUUGAUUCGAGAGGCAGUUGAAGAAAAUAUAAAAGAAGCAAUUUGUCAUAUACUUGUUCAAUUGCUUGACAGCAAAAUUAGAAGCGAUAUUCAUGAGCUUCAAGUUGAUUUUCCCAUAUUUUCAAACACAUCGGAGAUGUCAUUCAGAAUGUUCAAAAAAGCCCCAUACACGUCAUCUACCAAACAAAUCCGGUAUUUUCUGGAAGGAGAAAUUGAAUAUCCGGCAAGUGAGCCAGCUGUAUUUUUACCAAACGAAGUUUCGGAUGAGAUUCCAAAACGCCAUGUUGCGUAUCAUAUUCAUGAAAAACUUCUCGCAGAAAUGCUCGAGGCGAUGUGUGAAAAAGGAUUAUUCGACGGAAACUUUACCUCCCUCCCAUCAAUGAAACCAGUAAGCUAUCUUUGUUUGAGUGCAAGUGCAAAGAUACAAGGAAUAUCAAACACAAUAACAAUAAUAAUUCACAUAACCAGUCUGGAGACUUAUCCGGAUGACCAAGAAAAGUCUCAACUACGCAGUUUUAUGGUGACUCCAUUGCACAACAGUGAGCAUGAGCUCUUCAUCCGGUUAAAAUCUCAAUUGGCGAAUCGAUGGCUGGACAAUACGUUUACAGAACAGCUAUUCAAUCAUCUCUCCGUAGUUCUUUCUGACAAUUUCCGUCUACCUCUGCCCUUCAUUCAUAACUCAUCGAUAUCGGAUGUCAUAUUUCUUCCAAACGCAGAUUACUUUACUAUUCUCUCAAAUUUCGAUUUUCAUCAAAAUGAUUCUCAAUUCCGAAACCGGUAAUUUAUCUCGUAUUUUCUUCAACUAAUUUUCAAAUCAAGUUCAAUAAAUUCAUUGUCCAAU